AUGUCUCUUUUUUUGAGAGAUGAAUCUGAAGAUGAGGACUUGGUAAUAGAGCUUAGCAACUUGAGUAGAAAUGAAGAGUCCGAAAAUACUUCGGAGGGUAUUAUAAGAGAAUCGGAGGAAAAAAGUUCAGGAAAUGAAGUAAUAAAUAAUGGUGAUGCUAUUGAUACUGAUAAAAACAACGAAGAAAAGGUGUUGUACCCUUUGGUUCCCGUUGAUCCAAAGACAGGAACUCUCAAGCCAAACAUAGAGGAGAUACGACCCGUAGAUGUACAAGUUUCACUUCCACUUCCAUUCCAACAUCUUAUUCUAGAGAAUAUGCUAGUCUCAGAAAAUGCUUUGCUUGUUAUUGGUAAAGGAUUAAGUGUUUUGCUAAUUGUUACUAAUUUACUCUACACUUUGUGUACACCAACACGAAUAAAUGGACAAGAUAAGAGAUCAUUAGUUUUGCUUUUGAAUGCAACUUCAGAGGACGAAGCUAUUAUUUCAGAAGAGCUAAUGGAACUACAAUGGUCGUGUAAUGAAGAUGAUGAACAAGGAAAACCUGGAGACCGUCCCUUCACCAUUAUUUCCAGUGAUUCAUUUACUGUGGACCAGAGGUCCAAAAGAUACCAGCAUGGGGGAAUAAUAUCUGUGACUUCUCGGAUUCUUAUUGUAGACUUACUAUCUGGUAUUGUGCACCCGAAGAAUAUCACAGGUCUACUUAUUUUGCAUGCAGAGAAACUGAAUUCUUUGUCUACUGAAGCAUUUAUCGUCGAGAUCUAUAGAAAUUCAAACAAAUGGGGGUUUAUUAAAGCUGUGACAGAUUCAGCUGAGUCAAUGGUUUCCGAUUUCUCUCCCUUAUCCAAGAAAAUGAAGGACCUAUUAUUGAAAAAGGCUCUCUUAUGGCCACGUUUCCAUGCAGAUAUUUCUUCUUGCCUCAAUACAACAUCAGGUACCAAAGUUGUAGAAAUUAGAGUAACAUUGACGGAUUCAAUGUCUAAAAUCCAAUUUGGUUUGUAUGAAUGUUUGAAAAAAUGUAUUGAAGAGCUAACUCGUAAGAAUCCAGAACUUGCAACCGAGUAUUGGUCCUUCGAAAAUGCUUUAGACUCAAAUUUUCUCCGAAUUAUUAACGGAACUUUAUCACCCAAAUGGCAUAGAAUAUCUUAUGAGUCAAAACAAUUAGUAAAAGAUAUUUCUACUUUAAAAAUGCUUCUCAAUUCAUUGAUUAGUUAUGAUGCCUUAGAUUUCUAUGAAUUGAUUCAACUAAUUUUGGAUGCUAAUAAACCUUCAGUUACAAGAAAAUAUUCCGAAUCACCAUGGCUACUUGCAGAUGAAUCACAGCUUGUUAUAUCAUUUGCUAAGAAAAGAGUCAUAUAUGAUGGUGAAUACAAUCUAGAACCACUUCCUAAAUGGGAACAACUCUGCGCUCUCUUAGAAGAUAUAGAACAUGAAUCCUUAAAAUAUCCAGCGGGAAGUCAAGGCCCAGUUUUAAUAUUGUGCAAUGAUGAUAGAACUAGUAAUCAGCUCAGACAAGUUGUACGUUAUAUGAAACAUAAAGAUAAAGGGUUCAAAAAAAUCAUGCUAGAUAAAUUAGACAUGUAUAUGAAAAGGAUGGACAUGAUGAAGAAUACGUCAUCAGAUAUCAUGGAGGAAAAUGAUAAAAUUCAAAAUGGAACUGAGAUUAACGUAUCACGAGCUUUCCACAAGCAAGAAAUCAAUACAAAAAGGAGAAGAACUAGAGGUGCAUCAUAUGUUGCCGCUGUAGAAAAGCUAAAGAGUGCCCAAGUUGGUCCAGGAGAAGAUAUAAAUGCGGCAAUAACUUCUGAAAGAAUCAACGAGGAACGAGAAAAAUCAUUAGUAAAUGUCGAUACUCCAAAUGAUGAAACUAUGGUAAAAGAGGACUUUGAUUCCCAGGAUGAAAUUUCAGUAAUCGAAGAAAAACUUAAGGAUGUCUCGUAUGAUGAUAUAAACGUCAUGCAGAACUGGGAAGAGGUUUGGGAAAGAAGAAAAGUUGAUUAUUCGUACAUCGACAAUGAUUCAAAAAUAAUAAUCGAAACAUUUAGUGCGACGUCUGAUGAACAGAUCUUAUAUGAAAACUCCCCUUCGUACAUCAUAAUAUAUGAACCAAACCUUGCCUUUAUCCGUAAGUUAGAAGUUUACAAAGCCAUAUACAGGCAUAAUUCGCCCAAAGUUUACUUUAUGUAUUAUGGAGACAGUGUUGAAGAACAAAAGCAUUUAAGUUCUAUAAAGCGUGAAAAGGAAGCCUUCACAAAGCUUAUUAGAGAACAUUCAUCGAUGGCUCAACACUUUGAUACAGAUGAAGAUCUUUCUAGGUUCAAGAAUUUGGCUCAUAGAAAAAUGCAACUAAACAGGAUGAAAAGCAGUAGAAUUGCUGGUGGGCAAGAUUUCCUAAACCCUAUGACUCAUGAUGUUGUAGUGGUAGACAUGCGUGAAUUUAGAGCCGCUCUACCAGGUUUGUUAUACCGUUAUGGCGUUAGGGUAGUGCCAUGUAUGCUUACAAUAGGUGAUUAUGUCAUUACUCCAGAUAUAUGUAUUGAAAGAAAAUCCAUCGCAGAUCUCAUAGGAAGUUUUAAAAAUGGAAGGCUUGACAAACAAAUAAAGAGUUUAUCGAAAUACUACAAGUAUCCGACGCUAUUGAUUGAGUUUGAUGAUUCACAAUCAUUUUCUUUAGAACCAUUUACAGAAAGAGGAGUUUACAAUACUACCACCUCAUCUACCGUACACCCAAUUAGCGGUAAGUUAAUGAAGGAGGAAAUUCAAAGAGAAUUGUCUCAUCUUGUUAUGAAAUAUCCUUCAUUAAAGAUUAUCUGGUCAUCCUCUCCUCUCCAAACGGUUAACAUAUUUUUGGAUCUCAAAGCGAAUAGGGAACAACCAGAUCCGAUAAAAUGUGUAGAAUAUGGGGCCACUAGAAAAACGAAAGAAAAAAAUAAGGCUUUGGCUGACUCUAAUACAAAGUUUAAAAUGUUAUUGUCUAUCCCGGGUCUUUCCAAUAUUGACUAUUAUAAUAUAAAGAAAAGGUUUAAAAGAUACAAAGAUUUGGCUGUUUCGAAUAUAGAAGAUCUUCAAAAUAUACUUUCUGAUUCGGAUUUAUGUGAGAGAAUUCACACAUUUAUCAACCAACAAGAAAUUCUUGAUUCUGUAUUAUCUGACGAAGAUGAUGAUAUCAGUUCCUGA